CAAAAUGUAUACUUUCACACCCUCAGCAGCAAACUUUGGAACCUAUCGUUGUCCCUAUGGGACAGAGGCACACACAGGGGAAGGGUGCCCAGGGCACUCAGUGCCCACAGGCAAGCCCACAUCUGCUUGCAAACUUUGCCCUCCCUCUGGCCAGUAGCUGAAGAAGGGGUAUGCCCAGGAGUGGCCUCAGCUCUGCUUUGACCAAGAUAAAGGGUGGGGAGAGCAGGCCCCAGACUGGCGGGAGGGCUCAGCCUUGAGAUUAUGCUGGAGACACAACAAGGGGUGGGCAUGCCCUAGGCGGGUCAGAGCAGGGCCUCUCGAGCUCAGAGACCCAAGCCUUGCAUUCCCGGCGCCCCUCCGAGCUCCUCUCCCCAUGGACCGCACUGUGGUGCUCAUCACGGGCUGCUCCUCCGGCAUCGGCCUGCACCUGGCUCUGCGUCUGGCAUCCGACCCCUCCCGGAGAUUCAAAGUGUAUGCCACGCUGCGGGACCUGAGGGCGCAGGGCCCGCUGCGGGAGGCGGCCCAGUCCCGAGGGUGCCCUCCUGGCUCCCUGGAGAUGUUGCAGCUGGACGUGAGGGACGCAGAUUCCGUGGCCGCUGCCCGGGCACGCGUGACCGAGGGCCGCGUGGAUGUGCUGGUGUGUAAUGCGGGCCGGGGCCUGCUCGGGCCGCUGGAGGUGCAGGAGGCUGGCGCCGUCGGGUCUGUGCUGGACGUGAACGUGGCAGGGACGGUGCGGACACUGCAGGCCUUCCUGCCGGACAUGAAGCGCCGCCGCUCGGGACGCGUAUUGGGCUGCCAUUCAACGCCGUUUACUGCGCCAGCAAGUUUGCGAUCGAAGGUCUAUGCGAGAGUUUGGCGGUUCUGCUGCCGCCCUUCGGGGUCCAGUGAGUCACCGCCCCACCCCCAGAGCCCUCUGAAUCCUGAUUUUGGGAACCCCAGGACCCUGACCUGUUGGAGCCACUCUCACGCUGGUCCCUCUCCACUGCGGCUCACAUUUGUUGUGUGCCAGGCGCAGUACUGGGCACUUGGCACUCGUUAUCUCACUUCUGCCACCCAGCUGGGAAACGGAGGCCCAAAGAGGUUAGGUGACUGGCCCAAGGUCACACAGCUGAAGGGAGCCUGCCAGCGUGAGCCUCAUCGAGUGCGGCCCGGUGCGCACCGCCUUCCAGGAGAAGCUGGAGGGCGGCCCGGGCGGAGCGCUGGACGGCGCGGACGCCGAGACCCGCGACCUCUUCUCCCGCUACCAGCGCCAUUUGGAGCGGAUCUUCCACGAGGCGGCGCAGGACCCGGAGGAGGUGACCGAGGUCUUCCUCGCCGCGCUGCGCUCCCCGCGCCCCGCGCUGCGCUACUUCAGCACGGAGCGCUUCCUGCCCCUGGUGCGCAUGCGUCUCACCGACCCCAGCGGCCGCAGCUACGUCGCCGCCAUGCACCGCGCGGUGUUCUCCGAAGAGCCCGCCGACGAGUCCGCUGCCGACCUGGGCGGCCCCGCGCUCGGCUCUCCUCCCGCCGCCCUGCAAUAAAGGCUUGGCCCGCCGCUGUCUGCCGCGCCCUCCUUUGCGACCCCAGGGGCGCGCGGUUCUGGUGGGUGGAGGGGGACGUGUGCGACAGGCGGCGCGUGCAGCGAGUGGGUGAUCUGGAAGGACCGUGGCUAGCCCGGGUUAUACCAACGCGGAAAGCGAGGCCCAGAAAGAGGAAGGAGCUAGCCCACCGAGGGGCAAGGUCGAGAAUGAUUCCUGGAUUCCCGCAGGGUGUCUGCAGCAAGAGUGAGGCAGACCUGGGAAGGAGGAGAGUCCGUUUGUGAUUUGGCCCCCACUAGUCAGGAGACUUCAGGCAAGGGCCUUAUCCUGAGUCUGUUCUCUUAACUGUAAAAUGGGUAUAAGACCUAUGUCAUGGGUUGUAUGAAGGGUUGAGAUAAUUCCUGGAAGUGCUGGGAAGGAGGUUUUAAUAGCAGGCACCGCUAUUACCGCUACUCUUAGUGGUGUUACUAUUAUGUGUUCGUGUGCAGAAGCCCGAUGUGUAGAGAAGAAACAGGCCAAGUGAGUUAUAAGGCUACAGCUCCACACAUCCUCUUCCGUGUCCCCUGCCCUAGACAGAACUCAGCUGGCGGGAUCACCACCAGCCCAGAAGCUGCCACUCACCAGGAGGUUCAGCUAAGGAUCCAGGGCAGGCGGGCCUGCCCAAUGGGCUAUCCUCUUUCCUGAAGCCAGGGGCAGAAGCCAGAGAAAGGGCUUGCAGGGUUGUGGGGUCAAUUUCCUGCUAACUUCCUGAGAAGUAGUGUGCUGAAGAAGGGGUGA